UCGCAUGCAUGGCCAGUGUAGUAGGACCCUUUACUCUGGUUCCCUUCUGAUUUGCAUAUGCUUGUUUGCUCUUAGUUUAGGGUGAGAGAUCAUUUUCACUAUUUGCACCACUGAAGAGUCCUCUGCAUAACAUCAGAGUACUAGCCUGGGCUCAGAGAUCCCAGUAUUUGAAAGCAUGGCUUUCCCUGCAGGAUUUGGAUGGGGGGCAGCCACCUCAGCUUAUCAAGUGGAAGGAGGCUGGGAUGCAGAUGGAAAAGGCCCUAGUGUCUGGGACACAUUCACCCAUCAGGGAGGAGAGAGAGUUUUCAAGAACCAGACUGGCGAUGUAGCUUGUGGCAGCUAUACUCUGUGGGAGGAAGAUUUGAAAUGUAUCAAACAGCUUGGAUUGACUCAUUACCGCUUCUCUCUUUCCUGGUCACGUCUGUUACCUGAUGGGACGACAGGUUUCAUCAACCAGAAAGGUGUUGACUAUUACAACAAAAUCAUUGAUGAUUUGCUGUCAAAUGGAAUAACACCUGUUGUGACUCUCUUCCACUUUGAUUUGCCUCAGACUUUAGAAGACCAAGGAGGCUGGCUGUCAGAGACAAUCAUUGAAUCCUUUGACAAAUAUGCCCAGUUUUGCUUCAGCACAUUUGGGGAUCGAGUCAAGCAGUGGAUCACUAUAAAUGAGCCCAAUCUCUAUGCCCUGAUAGCAUAUGAAAUUGGUAUGUUUCCUCCUGGCGUACCUCGUGUAGGGACUGGAGGCUAUCAAGCAGCUCAUAAUUUAAUUAAAGCUCAUGCCAGAUCCUGGCACAGCUAUGAUUCCUUAUUCCGCAAAGAGCAGAAGGGAAUGGUUUCCCUAUCAUUUUUUAGUGGCUGGGUGGAACCAGCAGAUCCCAAUUCAGUGUCUGACCAGGAAGCUGCUAAGAGAGCCAUGGCUUUUCAUUUGGAUCUCUUUGCUAAGCCCAUAUUUGUUGAUGGCGAUUAUCCUGAAGUGGUCAAGUCCCAGAUUGCCUCCCUAAGUAAGAAGCAAGGCUAUCCAUCAUCAAGACUUCCCGAAUUUACAGAAGAAGAGAAGAAGAUGAUCCAGGGAACUGCUGACUUUUUUGCGGUGCAAUAUUAUACAUCUCGUUUAGUCAAGCACCAGGAGAACAAGAAAGGAGAAAUGGGGUUUCUUAAGGAUGUGGAAGUCGAACUUUCUACAGACCCAUCUUGGGAAAAUGUUGAGUGGCUCUAUGUGGUGCCGUGGGGAAUGCGCAAACUAUUGAAAUACAUUAAGGAUACGUAUAAUAACCCUGUAAUUUAUAUCACGGAGAACGGGUUUCCCCAUAGUGACCCCACAUCUCUUGAUGACACUCAGCGCUGGGAAUAUUUCAGACAGACAUUACAGGAGCUGCUCAAAGCUAUCCAACUUGAUAAAAUCAAUCUUAAAGUGUAUUGUGUCUGGUCUCUUCUAAAUAACUUUGAAUGGACAGAUGGGUACAGAGUGGUGUUUGGUUUCUUCCAUGUGGAUUUUGAAAAUCCAGCCAGACCACGGGUCCCCUACAGUUCAGUCAAGGAAUAUGCCAAGAUCAUCCGAAACAAUGGCCUGGAGUGACAUCUGCAGACAAGUGACAUUUGUAGAUAAUAAGGCCACAUCACCUGGAGAUGAGGCCUUUGCUUUUGGAAAGGAAAUCCAUGUUGGUGAUUUCUCAGAUAAACUCCCCUUGCCUUUGCAAUCAAUAUUUCCUACCUGUUGAUCCUAGAUGAUGAAGUCUGGAUAUAUAAUGCUAAUGAUGAAUUUCAUAAUGACCUUCACUUCCAUCUGAGUCCAUGAAACUUAAUAAAUACAAUCAAAAUUACUGAAAUGAAAUUUGAUAUUAAGAAAUCUGACAGGUUUGGAUGUUUUAA